UCUUCCAGCUGUAGCUUCCAUCAACGCUAUGCAAGUCAAGGACGUCCUCCAAGGCCUCCAGGACGAGAACCUUAUCCGAGUCGAGAAGAUUGGCAGCGGCAAUUGGUACUGGUGCUUCACGUCGGAUGCAAAGAAAUUGAAGGAGAACACAAUCAAUACUCUCAAGGCUGAGGGGAGCAAGCUGGUCGUUUCGAUUGCAGAGACAGAGAGACAGAUUGAGGAGGAGACGGCCACACGCGAAGACGACAACGAGAUGCUCGAGGGCAAUGGAAUGGGCAGAAAGGCACUCCUCGAGGCUUACGAUGCACUGUUGAAGGAGGCUGAUCUUCUUGACAAGGAAUUGGCUUGCUACAGUGAUAGCGAUCCUGCCGAGGUUCAGAGGAAGAUGGAAGAGGUCAAGAACUUGAAGACCAGUGCGACCAGGUGGACCGACAACAUUGAGGCGCUGGAAUGUAUGCUCGGUGACUUGACCAAGGACAGGCACCAGACUUCCGAAAUCAUGCAGAAUGCAUGUGGAGAUGAGUAUGUUCCUGGUGAAGGUUUGAAGGAGUUGUGAGUUCGAGGAUCCGGACAGGACUCCGGAAUAGUCGCCAGGAACAGGGAGGCACGGGAUGUUGGCCUUAUAACAAGUUGGGGUUUGCUGUUCUCCUUCGGCGACAUUAACUUUGGCCUUAUCAUUGACAGAUACUAGCUGUUAUGCGGAUAGAUUCUAGCGCUAUGCAAGCAUACA